AUGGAGAUGUUGUUUACGGGUACAGAUGACUUCAACUGGGUAGGGGUGUGUGAACAAUUGUUGGGUCAAGCUCCUACUAUAAAGGGUGGUAAGAUCAAGCUCAAAUGGUUAAGAAAUAAUUAUAUGAAUGUAGCGAUCGAUGCGACUGAUGAGAUCAUCAAGAGCUAUGCCCGUGCAUAUAUACUUCAUAUGAUCGAUACUGUUCUAUUUUCGGAUUCCACUAAGGAUUCAGUACAUGUGAGAUUGUUGCCACUUCUUGAUGAUCUUGAGGAGUGUGGAAAGUUAUCCUGGGAGAGUGCAGUGUUAGCUUAUCUGUAUAGAGAGAUGACAAAAGUGGUCAAGUGGAUGCCCUAUGAACUGGCUUUGGAGUCACUACCAAAUAUUUAUAAGGAAGGACCCAAAAAGAUCCAAUCUUUUACACAAAAUUCACUUCCUUUUCCAUUUCAGUGCGUUCUUCCAGCAGGAGUGGAGCUCUAUUCUUCGGGACUCGACCCUAAUGAUCCCUCCACCUACCCUCGCAGCUACCCUAUUGUUCUAACGGAGGGAGAUGGGUCCAAGAUUUAUGUUAGCUGCAUUGCAUUUAGGGAUCCGGUCUGUGUGGAUAUUGCGGAGGCGUAUAGGAUACCGCCGAAUUCCUUCGCUGAUAAGUGUAUAUGCCUUGUUUCGCGGUCGCCCAGCUUUAGGGUUUUGAGGGACGCGCUUGAGGAGCUAUUCGUGCUUUGCUUUGCCCCUGCUGGCAGCAGCAAGCCGUUAUGGGAAGUGAUUGCCUAUAUGGUUUCCAAUGUUCCUUUGCCUACGCCUGGAAAAGAUCGAGUCUUAUUUGCUAUCGAGAACUAUCUUCUUACUGUAGAGGCCCCACCAAAAGAAGGACUUCCUCAUGCAGAUAUUUGUUUUCAGCCACUAGUGCAGUGCCUAGAUGUGGAUAACCUGAUUAGGCUUUUCACUGCUGUCUUGCUGGAAAGGAGGAUUUUACUGCGAUCCAAUAAGUAUACAUUAUUAACUCUUGUCUUUGAGGCUAUCUGCCAUUUGAUAUAUCCUUUCAGGUGGCAACAUGUCUACAUUCCUCUUCUAUUUUUUAGUGGCGUUGACUAUAUUGAUGCCCCUACACCAUACAUGAUGGGGCUUCAUUCAGGUGUUGAUACGUAUGGUCUGUCAAUGGAUGGGGUUGUUGUUGUGGAUCUUGAGAACAAUUCCAUCACAACGUCAGAAGAUAUACCUCCAAUACCUGACCCUGAACUAAGUUUCCUGAGAAGUGAGAUAUUAAAGUUGCUGUACCCAAAUGUUGUUGGAAUUGAUUACAUGAAGAUUAAUGUUGGCUGUAUGUCUGAACAAUAUGCUAAAGGUGGUUCCAGACCAUGGGGAGAGGAUCACGACUUUCAACUGAGGUUGACAUUUUUGAGAUUUUUUGCAUUAUUUCUCAGUGGCUACCGUAAUUUCAUUGAAAAUUCUGCAACUAACAUCUUCAAUACUCAAGCAUUUUUAAAAAGACGGUCUCGUGCAACUGGUCAACCAAUUGAGUCUAUGGUUAUGAUGACACAAUUUUUAGAAUCUCAAGGUUUCUUGGAUUAUGUGGAGAGAUGUCUCAAUUCAGAAGAAGACAGCCAUAAUCUCCUUGAUAAAUUACAAGAUGCAACUGGAAGGGGUCAAAACCCGUCUACUAUUUUUCCUCCUCAUUUGGAGGAGCCUGAGAUUAUCACUAUAGCACAACCUGAUGCUGGAGCUGGAGGUGCCCAAUAUAGGUUCAAACAAUUUCCUUCAAAUAUUAGGACAGAAGAGCAGGAAGAAAAGCGGAGAUCAAUCCUGGCGUCAGCAAGUGGAAGCCUUUCUGGAAAAUUUACUCCUAGCUCGCCUUCAGUUAGGCUGGACACGAAUGAAGAAAGUCUGAGUCCUAGAGAGAGGGCUGCGGAGAGGGAACGAAUGGUCUUGGAUAUUAAAGUGAAACUGCAGGGAUUAUGGUUGCGACUUCUUAGGCUUGGGGCCACAGAGGAUCCACUUUCAUCAUUUGAAUAUGGAACUAUUCUUGCUCUAAUUGAGUCUGAUGCAGAAGGGAUUGGUGGCAGUGGAUUUGUUGAGUGUAUUGGGGAACACAUCAACUCGGGAUGGCAAUGCCGUUUGACUGACGAGCAGUUUAUUGCGGUAAAAGAACUGCUUAAAACAGCAAUUAAUCGUGCCACCUCUCGCAAUGACAUGUCAACCGUCAGAGAUGCACUUGAAGUAUCUGCUGAGAUGUAUCGUAAAGACUCCAAUAAUGUUCCAGAUUAUGUUCAACGCCAUCUACUUCCACUUUCUAUAUGGGAUGAAUUACGUUUUUGGGAUGGCUACUUUGAAUAUCUCAUGGAGCGAUCUUCAAACAAAGUAGCUAAUUAUGUGACCCUUCUGACUGCCCAGCUCAUUGUCAUGGCAACCCAUAUGGCCGGAUUAGGAUUGCCAGAAAAUGAUGGUUGGCACAUGAUCGAGGCAAUUGCAGAGAAAAACAAUAUUGGAUACAAGCAGCUUAUUAGAUUGAGAGCAUUGCUGACACAUAUCCAACUACUCCGUGUUGGUUACUGGGGUAUUUCAACUGGUAAAUCUCAAUCUUCAUAUGCUUUGUCGUCCCCACGUUCACAAGAUGCAUCAGAUGAAAGUCAACAGCCUGCUGAGGCAUCUGCGGUAGGCCGAAGUUGGGUGCAGAGCAUGUUUAGCAGAGACAGAAGUAUAAGAGCAAAUUCUUUUAGUCGAGUUAGCAGGUGGGCGUCUGAUACUGACAAUUCGGGUUCAAACGGUAAUUUGAAGCAUGGUUCUUCGCCACAUAUAUCAGAGAUUCCCCCUGUUGGGCAGAAGAAAAUUCAAUCUAGCAUGCGCACGCUUAAGGGUCACGCAAGUUCUGUCACUGCUCUUCACUGUGUAACAAGAAGAGAGGUGUGGGAUCUUUUUGGUGAUCGUGAAGAUGCUGGAUUUUUCAUAAGUGGGAGCACGGAUUGUACGAUUAAAAUUUGGGAUCCUACUUUACGUGGUUCUGAGCUUAGAGCGACACUCAAAGGCCAUACCAGGCCUAUUCGUGCAAUUAGCUCCGACCGCAAUAAAGUGGUAUCAGGCUCAGAUGAUCAGUCUGUGAUAGUAUGGGAUAAACAAACAUCUCAGCUCUUAGAAGAGCUGAAGGGCCAUAAUGCUCCGGUUAGUUGUAUUCGGAUGUUAUCUGGUGAACGUGUUCUCACAGCCUCUCAUGAUGGCACUGUGAAGAUGUGGGAUGUGAGAACCGACACUUGUGUUGCAACAGUUGGUCGUUCUUCAAGUGCAGUUCUCUGCAUGGAAUAUGAUGAUUCCACAGGAAUCUUGUCAGCUGCUGGAAGAGAUGUGAAUGCAAAUAUCUGGGAUAUUCGUGCUGGUAGGCAGAUGCAUAAACUUCAAGGUCACACAAAAUGGAUCAGGUCUAUAAGGAUGGUUGGAGACACAGUACUUACUGGAAGUGAUGACUGGACGGCUAGGGUUUGGUCUGUUUCUCGAGGAACAUGUGAUGCCGUUUUAGCUUGCCAUGCUGGUCCAAUUCUGUCAGUUGAGCAUUCGCCAUCAGAUAAAGGAAUCAUCACCGGUUCUACUGAUGGACUUAUUCGAUUUUGGGAAAAUGAUGAAGGAGGAAUAAAAUGUGUGAAGAAUGUAACAGUUCAUUCAGCUUCUAUUUUAUCUGUUAAUGCUGGAGAACACUGGCUGGGGAUUGGUGCAGCUGAUAAUUCUAUGUCUUUCUUCCAUCGACCUCAAGAAAGACUCGGUGGUUUCUCUAGUGCAGGUUCUAAGAUGGCAGGAUGGCAACUCUACAGAACCCCUCAAAGAUCUGUGGCUACGGUACGCUGUGUGGCUUCUGAUCUCGAUAGGAAAAGAAUAUGUAGUGGCAGCUUCGCAACGGACUUCUUCGGCCUAUGGGAAGCCCACCGAUGCAACCAUCUAGAAAUCACAGAGGUUGCAUUUGACCUGCACCCUGAUAAAUCUCCUGGGCCUGAUAGGCUUCCCAUUCUGUUUUUUCACAGAUCCUGGUCUGUCAUCCAAGCUGAUGUUAUUGAGUUCAUCCAAGGCUUAUUUUCUCAUCCCCAAUCUUUACAUAAUAUCAACUACUCUCACAUUUGUCUUAUUCCUAAAAAGGAUGGUCAUGAAAUGAUUAACUUCUGUUCUUCCGGGAAAAAAGAAAUAAGUGCCUUCAAGGUAGACUUUUACAAGGCCUUUGACUGUGUUAACUUGUCAUUCCUUCUCCCCCUUCUCAAAGCCAGAGAUUUUGGCCCCAAGUGGUACCACUGGAUCCAUCACAUUUUAUCCUCUUCGAAAUCAGCUGUUCUUGUGAAUGGUUCUCCUACCAAAUUUUUUAGAUGCUUCACGGGUCUCAAACAAGGUGACCCUCUCUCCCCCUUGCUUUUUUUGCAUGUGGCUGAUGUUCUGAGUAAAAUGCUUAGCUGUAGCGCUGCUUUGGGGGAUUUAUCAGACCUCAAUUUGAAAGGGGAGCUCAAUUCUAUUAGGACUAUUCAGUUUGCGGACGAUACUAUCAUCUUCUCUAGGGCCUCCUCCUCUGAUAUGGUUACCCUUAAAACCAUCAUUUCCAUUUUUGCUAACAUAUCAGGACUUUGUGUUAAUCCCCUCAAAUCCAACCUUUUUUAUCUUGGAAAAUCCCCCACAGAGUUGCAGAAACGCUUUGAGUUUAGUUUGGUUAUUAAUAAUAUUCCCCUAUGA